AUGGAUGCCAGCGAAGUGACUUCGUACAGUGAAUCGCCGCCAAUGGUGGACCAUCAUGAAAGCCAUAAAAGCAAACGAAAGCAAAAGGAGCAUGAGAGCUUCCUGGCUACGCACAGCGGACAGUACAGCGCUAAGCAGCCCCCGGCUCCGUCAAGAGAAAAAAGACCAUGCAGAAUAUGCGAUCGCACUGAUCAUCGCAUAAGAAAUUGCGAAAUCUUUCGAAACCUUACAUUAAAAGAUCGUUUAGAAGCCGUCCAUAAAUGGAAACUAUGUCGAAUGUGUUUAAAUGAACCUGGAUCUGCCAGGUGCAAGCUGAACUUUCGUUGCAACGUGGGGUCGUGCGGAGAACGUCACCACCCUCUACUUCACUCUGCAGUAACAGAAUCGGGAUCGAUCUGUAAUUUUCAUGGAGUUCAACGCAAGCUUUCGGUAAUUUUUCGGAUGAUGCCGGUCACACUAUACUGGGGCGACCACUCAGUGGAUACACUUGCGUUACUGGACGAGGGCUCAUCUUACACUUUAGUGGAAAAGUCACUAGCCACCGUUCUCAGAGCCAGAGGCGUAAAUCAACCACUUCGAAUGCGAUGGACGGCAGGCGUUUCGCGGUUAGAGAAAGACUCUGAACGUGUGGAGCUAUAUAUAUCGGCAAAAGGCUCGUUGCAGCGUUUUCAUAUAAAAGCUGCGCAUACAGUGGAAGACUUAAAGCUUCCUCAAUCCUCGUUGGCCUUGACGGAAAUCGCUAAACAGUAUUCUCAUCUUCGAGAUCUUCCAGUGCUGAACUUUCAACAGACUGCUCCACAAAUCCUGAUUGGUUUGCAAGAUAUUCAUCUGUGUGCGCCACUGGAGUCGCGAGUCGGAAAACCCGAUGAGCCGAUUGCCGUAAAGUCGAAAUUGGGUUGGAGCAUUUUUGGGCCUACAACGGACGGUGAAGAUAUAGGGCUUGUUGGCCAUCAUACAUGCAGUGUUUCGAAAAGCCACUACACUUUGGAGGAGUCUGGCAUUUCAAUUGCGCUGCUUCCAGAGAGCGAUGAGGAUAAACGAGCAAAAACGAUUCUAACGGAAACGACUGUGCGCCUACAAGAUCGUUUCGAAACAGGGUUGUUAUGGAAGGACGACAAUCCCUGCUUUCCCGACAGUUACCCCAUGGCGGUAAAACGGCUCAAGUGCCUUGAAAGACGUUUAGCGAAAAACGAUGGGCUGUACGAUCGCGUGCGGUGUCUGGUUUCUGAAUACGUGACAAAAGGGUAUGCACAUAAAGCGUCACAAUCGGAGCUAGCAGAAAGCAUUUCCAGCAAAGUGUGGCAUUUACCACUAGGCGUGGUGAUUCAUCCGAAGAAGCCGAAUAAAGUGCGGCUAAUUUGGGACGCGGCAGCUGCAGUAGGAGGUGUCUCCCUCAACUCAAAGCUCCUUAAGGGGCCAGAUAUGUUGACUGUGCUCCCAGCAGUAAUCUGUAAGUUUAGAGAAAGAAAAGUGGGAAUAGGCUCGGACAUUAAAGAAAUGUACCAUCAGAUCAGAAUCAGAAGCCAAGAUUCUCAGUUCCAGAGAUUUCUGUUUCGCGAUAAUCCUUCCUCAGACCCGGAGGUCUACGUCAUGGAUGUUGCCACGUUCGGGGCCACCAGUUCACCUUGUUCAGCACAGUUUGUAAAAAACCUGAAUGCGAAGGAGUUUGCUGGUCAAUUCCCACAAGCAGCGAAGGCAAUAUUAGAGAACCACUACGUCGAUGAUUAUUUCGACAGUACUGACACAGUCGAGGAAGCCGUGAGACGGGCGAGAGAAGUGCAGUUCGUUCAUUCUAAGGCCGGCUUCGAGCUCAGAAACUGGGUUUCUAACUCAUCCACCUUCCUGCGAGAAAUGGGUGAGAUAAAAGAGGAUCAGUGCGUGCGUUUCAACCAGGAUAAAGGCACGGGUCACGAAAGAGUACUGGGGAUAGUAUGGCACCCAGAAAGAGACGAAUUCACCUUUUCAGCCAGGCCGCGGGAGGAUCAUUUGCCGUACCUAUCGGGAAAGUUACGGCCUACAAAAAGAAUGGUAAUGAGCUGCAUCAUGAGUCUGUUUGACCCCCUUGGGCUGUUAGCUCCCUUUACUAUCUACGGUAAAAUGAUUGUACAAGACUUAUGGCGCAGUGGUUGUGAUUGGGACGAGUCAGUCGGCGAAGAUUGCAUCGAACAGUGGUACCAGUGGAUCAGCUGGCUUCCAAAAAUCGAAUCAGUGAAAAUUCCUCGUUUUCAUUUUAAAGGAAGCUUACCGGCAGAUUAUCAGUCUUUGCAAUUACACAUUUUCGUAGAUGCUAGCCAAAAGGCAUACGGUGCUGUCGCUUAUUUCCGGAUUAUAACCGAUUCGGGUCCGUUGUGCUCCCUUGUGAUGGCGCGCUCUAAAGUGGCACCUCUGAAGCAGCUUUCUAUUCCGCGUCUGGAGCUCCAGGCUGCUGUACUGGGAUCUAGACUUUUGAACUCCAUAAUCGACAGCCACUCAGUAGAAUUGAAUCAGCGGUUUAUUUGGACAGACUCAAGAACCGUGCUUUCCUGGAUCCAAUCGGAUCAGCGGCGCUAUAAGCAAUUUGUUGCUUUCAGAAUAGGGGAAAUUCUCAGUCUCACGAGACUCAAUGAAUGGCAUUGGAUUUCUACAAAGGACAAUAUUGCCGACGAUUUAACUAAAUGGGACCGUGGACACAAUCUAGACUCGGACGGUGCUUGGUUUCGAGGUCCACGUUUCCUGUAUCUACCAGACGAUUUAUGGCCGAAGCAAACACGAAUUUCACCAAAUGUGCCGGAGGAGAGCUGUGCUCGCCUUUUGCACCACGAUAUUUUGCUCACGGAACCGGUGAUCGAUCCAUUACGACUCAAGCGGCAGCAAAAGGCCAUCAAAGCAUUACCAACCACUAAUGCACUCAAGAAAUUUGUGAAGAGAAAGCUAGCGGCAGAAGUUAUCCCUCUACAAUGCGAAGAAUAUCAAAAGGCGGAAGCGUAUUUGUGGAAAAUGGCGCAAUCCGACGCGUAUGCAGAUGAAGUCAAAACUCUCCAGAAAAACCCGAUUUAA